CUUGAGGUCCUUCAGGCUUGAGGAGGAGGAGGUCGUUUUUCAUGUGGGUUGUGGUUCCACACACAGCCAGCAAUUUAUGGAUCAUUCGGCCAGUUGGACAGCUGGAGGAUGCAUGCAGUCGUGGAGUAGAAGCCAUUGCUUUGAAGACCAGGCGAGACAAAUUCCCAAUGAAAACUUAAGAGACAGGCUCUCAGAAGCAUGGUGUCCACUUCAUUGGGAAGACGUCUGGUGGCGUGUCUUCUCAAUGUCUCUGAAGCUCAGAGGAAAGAACUGCUGGACACGGUGGCCAUGGCUGCACUGUACAACUCUCAAGGUGCAAGAAGAGAGGAAACUACUGUAUUGAACAUCUUCCAUGAUUUGGACUACAGCCGUUCUGUCAUCACCAUCGUAGCCAGUAUCCAGUCCAUCAGGGAGGCGGUUCUAUCUGCCUGUGAAAAGGCGUGUCAGCUGUUUGACAUGAACACACACUCUGGUGUCCAUCCAUGUUUGGGUGCUGUGGACCUCAUACCUAUCUACCCGUUGGGGGAGGACGUGGGUGUCCACCACUGUGCCAAGGAGGCUCAGGCUGUUGCUGAGGAACUGACCAAGCGAGUUCAAGGAACGAGUGUCUUCCUCUUUGGCUGGGCAGACGAGCCACUUCAGCGCGGCCUUGCGCAAAGGAGAAGGGAGAUGGGAUGGUUCAAGAAGACAUUGGACUUGAGUAGCAUCAAACCUGAUAUGGGACCUAUACCACAGAAAUCCUUUGGCCUCACAGGUGUUGGUGCCAGUCCUUACGUCAUGAACUGCAAUGUCACUAUCGACACGAAAGAUGUAAGAAUAGGACGAAACAUUGCUGUGGCUAUUAGGGAGUCAACAGCAGGAGGCCUUCCAGGUGUGCAAGUCCUGGCCCUGCCUCACGAAGGGGCUGUAGAAAUUGCCUGCAAUGUGGAAAGCGUGCUAGGAAGUCCACCUUGCCAAAUGACGGCAACAACAAAAUGGCCAACGUUCAAUAUUGGAGGUGAAGCAUAUUUUCAUGUCCCUGCUUCUCUCAUCACUGCCAGGGUUGCAGAUCUGGCAAGUAGGCAUGGCGUUGGCAUAAAGGGCACUGCCUUGGUGGGGUUUACCCCCCAUGAGUGCAAAGGUUUGGCAGAGUUGGCUCUGUCUCAAGGGAUUGCAGACUUUUGGAGACAACAACGUGGGAUGUGCAUGUGAAAAUAAUAAUUUCUUGGCACAGAGCAUAUUUUGUGUACUGUUAAAACAUCAGAACAAUUUAUUCUGUUGUCGUCUUUACUGACAAUUGCUAAAAUCUUGCAACAUUUUAAUAGUGCGCAUAGAACGAAUUAUACCUCACAGUGUAAAAUGUGCAUAAUGAAAUUAAAUACAUCUCAGAGGUGUGUUUAUAGUUUGAA